UAAUUUUAAUUCAAUCCCUCCCCAAUAAUCGUGAUUUAAGGAUCGCGGUAUAGACGACCCUCUCUUCCUUCGAUUUUCCUCACUUGAGCCUCCACCACCCACGUAGACCCUCAUCCCCUGACUCAAAUCCCUCUUCUUCAUCAUGUGUAAACACAUCCUCAACGCCCAAGUGGCCAUUCGUUCGGCAUGCUGCCGGAAGUGGUUUGAUUGCGCCGAAUGCCAUCAUGAACAAGAAUCCCACCCCCUCAUGAAGAACACCGAAAUGGUUUUCGCCUGUAAAAAGUGCAAGAAGUGUUUCCGGAAGGACUCGACAGAAUUUGAAGAGAGUGACGAGUACUGCCCGCACUGCGAUAACCAUUUUGUGCUAGAGGCCGUCACACCCAAGCCUGCGUUGCAGGUAGAGGGUGAGGAUGCUCGUAUCGACAACAGAAUGCUCAAAGAUGACCGAGUACGCGGCCAUCAGGAGCGGUCGAUCUUCAACGUCCGGGAUGCCGAGGAUCGUCUGGGAUAAGUGGAGGCGACCGACUGUGGAUUACGACGAUUACGAUCUUAUGCUUCCUACCGCCUGCCGACAAUCAGGCUACAAAUCUUCAGACAACAAUAUUCCUAGAGAGACCGCCCCCAGGGGGGGUCUGUAUAUA